AUGUCUGGAAAAUUUCGCGGUGUACAGGCAAUUAUAAGACAAACAGCUCCGCAUGCCACCUAUGUGCAUUGCAAGUCGCACCAGUUAAAUCUUGCCCUUGUUCAUUCCUCUUCCCAAGCCUGUGUACGGACCAUCAUGGGAACGGUGCAGGAUAUCGCUUUUGCUUUCGAUUAUUCAGCAAAGCGCUUGCAGUACUUCAAAAAUGAGCUCCUCGGUGACCAAAACGCCAAAGAUCAAAUGGAGUCUAGGACCAAACUGAGAACACUGUGCGAAACGAGAUGGUCUAGUCGUGCUGAUGCCUUACACACGUUCAAGGCUUCAUUCAGUGUCAUCGUUAGUAGUUUGGAGGCGUUGAAGAACGACGGAGAUGACAAAGCGGGUGGAAGAUUGGCAGCAAUUUUGAGGUUCGAGUUUAUCAUUGGGCUGGUCGUUACUGAACACAUCCUCAGCGGCACUGUUGCGCUUUCCAACCAUCUACAGUCAGUAGACUGCGACCUUAUGGAAGCCGCCACUGAAUGCAGGACUGUAAUAAGUAUGCUCAGAAAUGAACGAGCGGAUGAUGAUGUUUGGAAUGAGCUGUUUGACCAGGCUGUCGGCGUAGCCGCAGAAUACGGUAUUCAACCUUGCGUCCCGAGACAAACUGGACGACAGCAGCAACGUGCAAACUACCAGAUACCCGACCCAAGGCAAUAUUGGAAAGUUAGUCUGUUCUUGGUUUUUCUUGACCAUUUGAUCACAGAGCUGGAGACACGGCUAUUGGAUAGCGAGGGUAGAUUCAAAGCAGAGACGCUCUUCCCACGUAAUCUUCAGCAACUCACUGACGAUAUUGUCAACGCAGUGUUUGAUGCCUUUGAAGUAGACCUGUCCGACAAGGCGUCUUACCUGACGGAAGUUCGGCGAUGGAGAACCAGAUGGGUAGCCAUUCCACUAAAGGACCGACCAAGAGGUCUCUGCGAAAUCCUGGAUCGGACAAGUCGAGAUCUAUACCCAAACAUUAGAAAUAUCUUUAGUGUACUUCUCUCAAUGCCGACAUCGACUGCAUCAGCCGAACGAUCUUUCAGCUCGAUGAGACGAAUUAAGACCUACCUCCGGACAACAAUGACGACAGAACGGCUGUCUGCUCUUGCUGUCCUCCAUACCCAUCGGGACACUCAGGUUGACAUAGAUACUGUCAUUGAUGACUUCGCGGCAGCAAAGUCUCGAAAGUUGCAAUUCGUUUAA